AUGACAUCGAGCACGUCGACCAUGUCGAGCACGUCGAGCACGUCUGUUUUCCGCAUUGACACCUUUAAUGUGAAGGAUACCAAGUUCUGGAAGGGGCUGAAGGAGGUGAUCAUGGGCCUGGUGUGGGUUGUGGCCGUCCUGAUUGUGGCGCCCAUCGCCUUUACCGUCUUCCUCGUCGUCGACAUCUACAACGUGUGCGGGGCAAAGCUGCCGAGAUGGCUUGCACGGCUCCGCUACGGCCACGCUGGAGAAAGCGAGAGCGAUAGCGAGAGCGGAUCGUCCGACUCUCGUAAUGUGGGGAUGAUGGGAACGGCGUCGGAUGACAGCUCGAGCGAUGACGACGGCGGGCAGACCAAGACGGAGAAACGGAACAAGCGGUACAUGUUCUGGUUCUCGCUCGCCGCCGUUCUCCUUCCGUAUCUGGCGUGGAUGAACAUACUGCUGUACGUGGUAUACUUUGAGGAGGUCUCGAUCUCGUCGGUGGAGGUCUUUGCGCCGGCCGCGCUUGUUGUUGUUGUCGUCUGCGUCUACAACCUCUCGCUCUCGUCGCGGCUCUCCGACACCGGCGCCGUGUACGACAUGGCCAACAACGAGCGGUACCUCCGCGACAUCAACUUUUACCUCCGCGACGGCUUCGCCUACAAGAACGACCUCCGCGAUAGCAGGCAGGUGGCUGCCGAGACGAACAUGAUCGACAACCGGCUGCUGCUGCGCAAGAUCAAGCGUGACUCGCGGCUGAUCAAGGCGCGAUGGUCGCGGGCCAUUGUGGGUCUUGCGGCCGCGACGGCCGCGCUUGGGCUUGCACUUACCGGCCCGCUGCACCGCGUCAUCAAUCCGGGCGACCGCUCGCUGGAGCAUCCAGAGUUCUUUGGCCGCGGCGCGACGUACGACAAGCUCAUUGUGGUCUCGUCGGCGUACUCGAUCUUCGUCUUUGCCCUUGCCUUUCUCCUUGCUGCCGUCGCCAUUGCCGCCCACUACUGGAAGAUCUACCGCGGCUUGCUGGUGGCGUUUAACCUCGUCCGUGACGACAACGGUGGCAUCAAAGUUGUGGACGCCGACGACAGCAGCAGCUCAUCGGGCGAGGGCCUCGAGCUCAAGCUCAACACUUCCGGAAGCAUUCUCAUGUGGCUGCGGAUGAAGCGCGAGAUCCGGCAGUGGGACCGCGACUCGCUUGUCUCGGCUCUCGUCCACCCGAUCUUCGUCUUCUCGGUCAUUUUUCUCGUUGCCUUUGCUGUCGUCUUUGGCUUGCGUGUCUUGGUGAGCGAGGUCCAGAGUGACCAUCCAUUCGAUGAGCUUGCGGUGUACGGCAUCAUCAGCGCAGUCCUUAUCGUCGUCUUUCUCGCCUUUACCGUCACCGCCUCUUUCUCCAUCGCCGAGCUACCGGAGAAGGAGAACCAGUUCCUGGAGGAGUUCCGCAUCGCCGAUCUGCAGCAGUACCUUGACAACAUCAAGGCGCAGCUGGCGUCGAUGAAGAUGCACGCGCACAACCAUGGGCAUGGUGGCAGCGGCUCCGACGACUCGGACGGACAGCGGUGGUGGGUCUCAUCCUCGUCCUCGUCAAGCAGCAAUCGCGGCGGGCACAAAGCAAGCCGCAUGGUGCCACCAAUCCGACAGCUCUCGCCGUACAAGCUCGAUCUUGCCGCCAAGCACCUGCAGCGCGUGAUGCGGACGCUCGAAAAGGCGAUCAAGUUCAACACGCCACGGCCCAUCAAGAUCUUUGGCCUUCCACUCAACCGCAAGCUCCUGGCCUCACUCUCGACCUCGCCGCUCAUCACCGUCGUGCUGUGGAUUGCGAAUCGCACGCACGCCAACAAGUUGAAGGCCCUUCUCUCUCAGGUCGCCACCCGGGUCUCGCUCGACUCCUGCUACCAGGACGUCGCUCCGCUCGCAGCCGUGGCCAUGUCGCUGAACGAGUUGGACAAGGUGGCGCUCCUGCUUGAUGCUGGCGCAUCCGUCAAUUUUGCGGAAAAGGAUAUCAUCGGUGUCUUUCAUAUGGCGGCGCGUUAUGGUUUAGUUCAUGCUGUGCCCAUGCUGCUGGAGCGAGGCGCUCUCAUCGACUUGCCUGGUGAUCGGAACGAGACUCCGCUGUUUGUGCUGGCGUCGAUGAAGAUGCACGCGCACAACCAUGGGCAUGGUGGCAGCGGCUCCGACGACUCGGACGGACAGCGGUGGUGGGUCUCAUCCUCGUCCUCGUCAAGCAGCAAUCGCGGCGGGCACAAAGCAAGCCGCAUGGUGCCACCAAUCCGACAGCUCUCGCCGUACAAGCUCGAUCUUGCCGCCAAGCACCUGCAGCGGGUGAUGCGGACGCUCGAAAAGGCGAUCAAGUUCAACACGCCACGGCCCAUCAAGAUCUUUGGCCUUCCACUCAACCGCAAGCUCCUGGCCUCACUCUCGACCUCGCCGCUCAUCACCGUCGUGCUGUGGAUUGCGAAUCGCACGCAGUAG